AUGGAGAUGGAGCCCCAGCCGCGCCGGCCCUGGGCGAGCAAACCCCGCGACACAGAAUACGGCGAGGCUCAGCAGCGGAUGGGUGCAUUUACCCUUUUCGCACCCGACGAGGACGAGGACGAGGACUCGGCGGAUACAGGGACUCAUGCCAACAGCCAACCGCCCACUGCCGCCCUACCCUCCAUUCGCCGCGGUCAGAUUCCUACCUAA